CCGAGCGCCGCCCGACGUACGUGUAUUGUAUGAGAAUAAAUAAUUGGCUCCCGUAUUCUUCUUUUGACGAGCUCUCGGCCAGGCCCAUUAUGUGCCGGCGAUCGCUGCCCGCGGCAUUUGGACGCCACUGACGACGCUCCCGGUCGUCUCCGCGCGAUCUCUCCGCCACCACGAUGAAUGCCUCCGAGCGAGUUUCAGACGGCUACAUCCGCAACUGCACUCCGCCGGCCAUCGAUGACUUCCCUCCGGGGCUGUUCACGGAGCUACAGAGACAACAUGGAGCUAUUGUCUUGCACGCACUUAUAUCUAUCUACCUCUUUCUGGCUCUCGCCGUCGUCUGCGAUAAAUUUUUUGUACCUGCCGUCGAUAGGAUAUGCACGGCAUUAAAUAUGACAAACGACGUAGCUGGUGCUACGUUCAUGGCAGCAGCUACGUCGGCACCUGAACUCUUCGUGAACGUAAUCGGGACAUUCAUCACUGAAGGUGAUAUCGGUGUGGGCACCAUCGUGGGAUCAGCUGUCUUCAACAUUCUAGCAGUUGCCGCCUGUUGCGGUAUAGGAGCUGGGAUGGUAGUACCAUUAGACUGGUGGCCUUUGACCAGAGACUGUCUAGCUUACGGCAUUACCGUCUCUAUCCUUAUCUGUAUCAUGCACGAUGAGUAUGUACAGUGGUAUGAAGCCUGCCUAUUGGUCUUAUUGUACGGAGUUUAUAUUUGUAUCAUGUAUUAUGACAAAUCCAUACAAAACUUUGCUAAAGGAAGUUGGAAAUGCGUUUCCGAUAUGAUAAAGAAAGAUGACGAAAAACAAGAUACCACAUUGCCAGUUGACAAUGAAAAUAAAGAUUCUAAGUCAUCGUCAACAAUUAAGAAUGAGUUGUCGGUAGAUCAUCACCAACACAAUGGUAAUGUCAAAAGUAUAUCUCUCUAUACAGAUGCGAAUGAAAAGAAAGCAGUAGUAGAUACCUCUCUUCCGAUUGAGAAAAGUAAAAAUGAUGAUGAUACUAUAAAUGUGCAAGCUGACCCUAAGGUUGGUACAAUGGAAAUCGCAUGUCAAGAAGAUAAUCAAGAGGUAAACCAAGGAAAUGUAGAAGAAGGAAACAAAGCAACAGUGGACGCAUAUGAACACUCAUUGUGGAAAUGGCCUACAGGAAGGAGUAAACUCACAAAGAUAACAUGGAUAAUAACUUGGCCUAUUCAUCUCGUAUUUCUCUUUACGAUUCCUGACUGUGAGAAACCUCGAUUCAAAAAUUGGUUCCCACUAACUUUUAUGAUGUGCAUCGUUUGGAUUGGAUCAUUGUCGUAUAUUGUUGCAUGGAUGAUUACAAUUAUUGGUGAUACCCUGAUGAUACCAGAUUCAGUUAUGGGGAUAACUUUCUUAGCUGCUGGAACUUCAGUGCCAGAGGCUGUCUCCAGCGUAAUUGUUGCUAAACAAGGACACGGAUCAAUGGGUAUAAGCAACUCAAUUGGAUCAAACACCUUUGACAUACUUCUUUGUUUAGGAUUACCCUGGCUUAUCAAAGCCUCGCUGACUCCAGCCGAACCUGGCCACUAUUGGGUGAAGAUAAACUCGAUGGGCCUCGAAUACUCCGCCAUAUCGCUGUUGUCGACUCUGCUGCUGCUGUACUUGACUUUCUGGUUUAACAAGUUCAAGCUAGACGCAGCCGUGGGCAGGGCGUGCUUGGCGAUGUACGCGAUGUUCUUGGUAUUAGCUACACUUAUAGAGUUAAAUGUUUUCUUCCCGGUGAAUGUGCGUACUUGUAGGAGAAACGAGCUUAAAUCUUAAAGGCUGAAACAAACACAGUGCGUGACGGGCAAGCACGUACGAACGUCACACGGACCGAAUGCGUGCGCGCGGACGUUUUGUAAUGCUAGAAUUGUAUGAACGCAACACAGAAUCGUGUGACGACGCCAGAAAGCGAGGCUCAUGACAUGCGUGAUUCGUAGUUUGGAUGCCUUCAUACAGUUCUAUGUAAUACAAGUUCCAGAAGUAAAUUUGGACAAAUCGCCCUCGCAUCACGUUGUAGCCGCGCAUUGUGUUUCAGGCUUAAAAUUUGAAAUGAUCCUGAUCUUUUCCAUCUACAGUGUUGAUUUACAAUAAUUUUUCAAACAAUUAUUGUUGUUAAAUUAUUAUUAUCUUUCUUAAAAGAUGCCGCUUUUAAUGUUUUGUUUUAUAUAAAAAGUUAGUCUGUAUUUUUGAGCAAUUUUUAAAAUUUUAAGUUUAUUAUGAGACAUAAAUUAGUAUUAUGAAUAGAACCUUCCUCUUUUGAUUUAAAAUGAUUGAUGAUUAAAAAGUGCUUGUGCUGUAGACUUUUAUUUUUAUCGUGGCACAACAAAUCAAAGAACUUAGAUUUUGUUACCCACUUUUCGAAUUUAAUGCCAAAUGGUUUUAAUAAGUUAUUAAUGAGUUUUGUUUUGUAGUAAGUACCUAAAAUAUAUCAAUCUAGAUUGCCUUUUUCUUACGUUUGCUACGGAUGCCUAGAUUUGUAUUUUGCUACUAUCUUAAGUCCUUGAUUUUUUUGUAAAUAGCUACAUUUACUUCGUAAUGUAUCAGCUAUUAAGGAUUAAAUAUAAUAUAUUAAUUUUU